GCGGUGCCUUUCGGUCGGAGUCGUAGUGGAUGAUAUCAACAGAGCUUCUACCUCCGCGAUACUAUGGACUAGAGCGGAGGGCUUAGAGGACACGCGCAUCACGGCGUGACAGAGCAGCGCGACGGAGUUAUUUUUUUAUUUUGUUCAGUAUUUUUCUUUUUCUUUUUUUGGAGGGUACGACGCGAUUUUUUACGUUUUUUUUUUUUUUAAAGACACAAAGAAGAGAUUUGUAUUGCGGAGCAGCGGGACCGAGGUUCCACCUGGCCGGCCUCACGUUAAGUUUUGACGGAUUUUACGGCACAGGUGUGUUGAAGGAUUACAGACAUUAGGCGGAUGGUUGUCGGAGAGGAGUCGCUGCCUCUGCGCAAGUCUCAGAUGAAGAUGAAGUCUGCAGGCGUCGUGGAUGGAGGCUUGUUCACAGAGAGCUAUUGUAACAUCUGUAAUGCCCAGCUCAUCUCCGAGUCCCAGCGCACUGCUCACUAUGAGAGUAAGAAGCAUGCCAACAAGGUGCGUCUGUUCUACAUGCUUCACCCUGAAGAUGGAGGACCACCUUCCAAGAGACUGCGGCCAGAUAACCCAGACUGUGCAGAGACAGAGGUGGACAGGAACAAGUGCUGUACCUUGUGUAAUAUGUUCUUCACCUCCGCCAUUGUGGCCCAGUCGCACUACAAGGGCAAAACCCACGCCAAAAGAGUCCGCCUGGUGCUGGGGGAGCCGCCCAGCCUUCCCACAGCCAUGACCAGCCCUACAAACACAGAUUCCUCCCCUUCCACCCCGCUGCCCACAGACCCCGCUGGGUGCCCUACUCCUACCCCUGACCUGGCUUGGCCCUUGGCAGGGGUCGGCGGAAACGGCGGAAGAGAGGCCGGGAAGUACUGCUGUCUGUGCGGAGCCUGGUUCAACAACCCGCUGAUGGCCCAGCAGCACUACGAGGGCAAGAAACACCGCAGGAACGCAGCCAGAGCACGCCUCCUGGAGCAGCUAGCGGGCAGUCUAGAUGCCACGGAGAGCACAGGGCUGCGUAGUAGUUACUCUUGCAGUGUCUGCAGUGUGGUCCUCAACUCCAUCGAGCAGUACCAUGCACACCUCCAGGGCUCCAAGCACCAGAACAACCUGAAGCCACACCAGCAGUAAGCCACAGAGACAGGCCACACUGGAAAGAAGAUAAGAUGAUUGUUGGAAUAAACAACUUCAGAAAAAAAGGACUUGAGUCAGAAAACCGAAGAGUAUGACAAAGUAUUGCAGAGUAACUUCAGUGUGUGUGUGUGUGGUGUGUGUGUGUGUGUGUGUGUGUGUGUGUGUGUGUGUGUAUGGUGUAUGUGUGUGUGCGUGUGUGUGCGUGUGUGUGUGGUGUGUGUGUGUCACAUGGGCACCUAUGCACGCAUCUGUAGUAUGCAUGUGUGGGUCAUUGUGCGCGUGAUUAUUUCUAUCUUUGAUCUAAAAAUAUAUUUCUGAGAUUUAUUCAGCACCUAAGUGAUAUGAGUUCUCAAGAGCUGUCUGAAGCGGCUGCAUAUUGCCAUAUAACUCCAGUGUGAACCACAAUCUGAAAAAUGAACUGAUGUCAACGUGUUGCCCAGAGUGGUAAUAAUCCUUAUAAUGAUAGUCAAGGAGCAGCAGUAAUAAUAACUUUGUUACUAGCCGUUCUCCAAGUGCUCUGACAGUGAUCCAAAUCUUGUGUUUUGACAUGCUUUUCAUAUACAGUGAUAGUGGCACAUGAAAGGAUCACUUUCAUACCACUUGAGACAUACUCAGGCCCAGACCUUUAAAUAAGAAAACUCCCAACGACCUCAGACAUUACAGUUUGCAUGAACUUCCAACUUUAAAAGUGUUCGGUUUGAAUCUUGUGUUAAAAAAUGCAGUGGAUUGGCAUCACUUCAUUUUGAAACCCAUCCUUUCAUGUAUUCCAUAUAAUCAAACAUUUGAGAUGUGGCAUGGUUAGAGUACAGAAGGCAGCGGAGAAAAGAAAAGCAGCACAAAGACUUUUAAACUCUUGCUCUGAGGUGAGGGUCUGUGCAACUUUAUGAGUCAUCUAUCGUUGAAAACAUUCCCACGGCACUGAAUACUGAUGUCAGAUGCAUUUAAGAGGUGAGGAAAUUAUCUUCUCUGUUGAGUUGGGCGACAUGUAGAUAAUACUUUUUUUAUUCUAUAGACAGGAGAAAAGAAGAACAAAAGCACUCCCACACCAUGUAGCAGCCAAUGUGCAAUACAACUGGGAUGUAUUUCAAUGCAUGCAAAAUGUAAAACGUUGCAUUCACUUGCCUUUUUGAAACCUGUUGCUUGCGCGUUUUGGUAAUAGCGCUGCUUUCUAGUGAUAGCUUCGUCUGCAUUACUGCACAUGCUUGCACCUGAGCAAAAAGGUCACCUUUUCAACAUCGAACUCAUUCUCAAAUAAAUGAAAAAUCUUUUGAUACCUAGAAAUUAGACCAGCCUUUACUGUUCUGACACCCCUCAUUUGUGUGUAUUUUGAGAGUGUGUAAAGUGAGUUUCAACAAUGGUUUGUAGCAUCAUAAGAUGAGCAAACCGAUGACACGCUCCACUUUUCUGUGCUGGCACUGCGCAGCAUUACUCGAUAAGCUGAGGAGAGGACUAAAAAAAAAAACAUGAUUCAAUGCUAAGCUAUCAGCUGUUUGUUUCUUCUCUGUAAACACAUUAAAAUGUUUUUUUUAAUU